AUGACACCAUCGCGCCUUGUUAAGGUUAGUACACGUUGCCUCACCUUGGAAAAAUGCUGGGUUGGGGGAGCGGCACGUGACCACGCCUUGUCUAGACCUCCAACCGACCCACGCGCCCCCGCGGGCCCCGUGGAUUACAACGCAUAUUGGCAGCCUGAAGGCUUCGAUAAGAUGUUGAAAACCUCUCAUCCGAUUGACCUGAACGAAUACUACGUCCUCCGAGACCUACUAGACGUGCACAAAUGGGGAAUCCAAGACUCAAAGGACCCGUACACCUGGGGUUUCACGCUUUAUAGUGCCCAUCUCGCACCUCACGCCAAGGAGCGCUUUCAGCGUGGCAUUGCAAAGCUCGACCAUUGGCUUCGAUACCGGGCCACGCAGACACGCUACACCGACCUCGAUCCGAAGGGGGAUUACACGCAGCUCGAUGCCCGUCCUAUAUAUGAUAAGAUACUUCCUUCUCAUGACCUUGCCCGUCGCUUCAAAUUCGACGUCAUCGACGAAUACCCAGCUAUGGAGACCGUGGUGGCAGGUUGUGAGACCAAGGACGGCGACGAGGAUUUCAUGGCUAUCGGGCAGCAUUUCACGCAGUGGGUAGAGGAACACGCUCUCAAUAUCCUGGAUCAAUACGUGCGCAACGACCAUUGCCUCAUUGUGGACGAAAAGUCCCUCCGCACACUCGAAGCGCUACCAGAGCAAACACCGCCACCUGGUCCAGUCGCCGACGAUGGCAACGGUUGUUUCCUACAAAGUCAGCCUAAAGGUGCUUGGGUCUGGAUGCUCGAUCGUGAGUAUUUCCAAAAGUAUGCCCGGGCUCAAGCCUCUGGCGGUAGUGUCCGGCUGCCACCCUACGAUCACCCUGAUGAGAGACGGUUCAACCAUGGGACGUGUAUGGUUCUUUCGCCCUCGGGGGUAUUCGCCCGCGACGUGGGAAUCGGUGGUGGAGAGGGAUCGAGAGAAGUUCGACCAAGUGAAUUGGUGGGGAGAUGCGCAGGCUGGAACUGUGAAUGAUCAGCGACGAAUGCGGAGGCGAGGAGAGUCUGUUCUGGAUGCCAUGCUCGCAAGCUUAUUAGGAUGCCAGAAACCAUGAGCGGCAACAUGUCCGUCAGCAUGGUCAACCACGCCUCGCCAAGUCUGUCUACCAUGCCCUGCUCGCACUUGACGGCCGCCAAGCGCACAGCGCGCUGCAGAAGCAACCGACUUGAUGUGCUGCAAUGGAUUAUAGCGCCGUGUUGAGCUCCUUCUGCGCCGCGGGACUGGCCACCCUCUCGGCGAGCUCGACGCCAGAAGAUCGCGAGACCACAAAGACAGCGUCUUUAGUGUCUAGGCCGGAGCGGUGCAGCCUGAUUAAAGGCGUUGUUUGGCGCAAACUGCCUGACGCCCACAUCAACAAGCGCCUCAACCUCGGUCAUGGCAGCGUCAUAUGCAAGGAAACAGUCCCAGAGU